AUGGGGGAAUACGAACAGUCCCGAUGGACGCGGACGAAACACGCCUUGUCGUCCUGGCACGCAUUCCACGCUGCCAUCAAACUAAAGAGCGCCUCAUCCAUACUCGCCAACGAAGAUCUUCUUCCCUCCCCACCCGAACGACAGACAUGGACUGUAUGGAACUUCUUUGCUUACUGGUGGAGCGAAUCUUGGGCCGUCUCAACCUGGUCCCUCGGCUCCUCUCUAAUUGCACUCGGCGCAACCGUGCGGGAUGCGCUGCUCGUCAUCCUAUUCGCAAACCUGCUUUCGGCAGUAGUCAUUGUACUCAAUGGCCGCGCUGCGUCAAGGUAUCAUGUCGGAUAUCCCGUGUUGGCGAGAACGACGUUCGGGAUUUGGGGGUCGUAUUUCUUUGUGGUUUUAAGGGCUAUUUUGGGCGUUAUUUGGGGGGGCGUGCAGAUGUUCUUUGAAGGUCAAUUUAUUUCGAUUUGUCUGCGGUGUAUAUUCCCCGGUUGGACGAAGAUACAUAACUCGAUUCCUGCCAGCCAAGAAAUUACGACACAAGUAAUGGUCGGCUUCUUCCUCGCCUUCGUCUUCACUCUCCCCCUCAUGUUAAUCCACACCUCCAAAAUCAGACACCUCUUCAGCCUCAAAGCCGUCGUCUUUCCCCUUGCCGCCUUGGGAGUCGUCUGCUGGGCCACUACCGCCAACGGCGGCGUGUCCGCCUCCGCUCUACAAGCAACAUCCACAAGACCAUCUUCCACCACAGUCUUCGCUUGGGGCAUAAUUGGACAAUUUAAUGCCGUCAUGGGCGCGAACUCUGCCUUACUAGUUACCGUCCCGGAUCUUGCGCGAUACUCCAAGACCAAGAACGCGCAGUUAUGGGGUCAAUUACUGGGUUUGCCCAUUGCGCAAUUGAUCUGCGCCGCGUUUGGAAUCAUUACCACUUCAGCGGUGCACAAUAUGUGGGGGGAAACGUUCUGGAAUCCGUAUGACUUGUUGAAUGGGAUUUUGGACCAUUCGUAUACAUCGAAAGCUCGCGCCGGUGUGUUUUUUGCGUCUGCUUCGUUCGCGUUCGCGACUAUGGGCACGUCAAUUGCGUGUAACAUUGUGCCGUUUGCCGCGGAUGUGACGUGUCUUGCGCCGAAGUAUGUGAAUAUUAUUCGGGGCCAGUUUAUUUGUUUGAUUCUUGCGUUUGCGAUUGUGCCAUGGCGCAUCGUGUCCUCUGCAAACGGCUUCCUGAGCUUCCUAAGCGGCUACUCCAUCUUCCAGGGCAGUCUAGUCUCCAUCAUGACAGUCGACUACUUCAUCAUCCGCCGCGGGAACCUGCAUAUCAGCGAGAUGUUCACCACUUCUAGGUCGGGUCAGUACUAUUACACCUACGGCGUAAACUGGACCGGCGUCGCCGCCUUCAUCGCCGGGUUUUGUUUACCCCUUCCGGGUUUCAUCCAAAGUUUCGGCACUGUCACCAUCGCCAAUCCGGCUGCGACGUACAUGUACGAUCUGGGAUGGGUGUUGAGUUAUCUCGUUGGUGGCGUGUCGUAUUUUGCUGUUUCGUUACUUACUGCGAGAAGAGCGAUGAGGGAGAGCAGGCAGAUGCCGUUUGAGGGGAAUGUGCCGAAAUCGAUUGCUAUGGGUGCGCAGAAGGAUGUGCUUGUUGUGGAUGGCAUGGAGAUUGUGGUUGGUGUGCCGGGACAGGAGCAGGAGGGUCCUGUGGAUGGGAGUGUGGGUGUUGUGAAGGGAGGGACCCAUCGAACGACUUAUCCCGCCAACCUGUCAACGACUGGUUUGCUCAGCAUGGCGGGAAUGGAAGAGCUCGAGAUUCACAGCAAGUCCUACCUAGUCCGUUGGGUCAAUGUCAAAGGCGACCACACCAUCUCCUGGAGCAUUCAACCGCACAAGCGAUCCAUCAACUUCGGCAUCUUCAAACAUCUCGGCCAGCCCACUCCCAGCUCAUCCGCCACGACGACAACCAUAAACGCCGACUCCCAAAGCGUCCUCGACUUACCCUCUGACAACCCGCCCGCCUCCGCCUUGAUCGAGAAGCUCCGUGGUGCCGGUCUGAAACCGACGCAAUGGAUAGGCAAAUGCGAAGCCGACAAGAUCUCGCAGGGAACCUACGACGUACCGCUCGGCGAAGGCGGGAAUUAUGCAUUGGUCUUUGACAACACAUUCUCCAAAACGACGGGGAAAAUGGCGACGUUUGUGCUCGUUACGUAUCCUACUGCCAUGCCGCCGCAGUCCGUCCAUCAAGUUCACCCGCCGCACGCGUUGGGCACGGUAAACAAUAUCGGAGCGCCCGGAAACCGCGUCUCGCCCAAAUUGCGACCUACGAAUAACUCAAAUACGUCGAUUGAUAACCAGCGUCCGGCCGUGAAAGGGGGCCGUUCCGUGUCCGGUGGAAAAUCUAUCAAACAGCGUCCAAACAGUAAUAGCGUGUCUUCCGUCAACGGCGCGUCGGGGCUGGUGCAUACAGGUAUCUUGCAGAAGCGACGACGAAAGCGACACCAGGGCUGGGCUAGGAGAUUCUUUUCGCUUGAUUAUACGUCUUCUACGCUGUCGUACUACCAUGACCGCAACUCGUCUGCGCUCCGUGGCGCGAUUCCGCUCAACCUAGCCGCCGUGGCUGCCAACGCGGAUCGACGGGAAAUUUCUAUUGACUCCGGCGCGGAGAUUUGGCAUUUGCGGGCUAACAAUGAGCCAGACUUUGCGUCUUGGAGAGCUGCACUGGAAAGAGCGUCGAAGCAAAGCAAGGAGGACAAAACUACACGACCGGCCUCGCCGACGCUACAAAUUCCUACGCGCUCGACGUCGCGGACCUUGCCGAAUCCCGCCGAGGAUCAGGAAUGGGAACAGAUUGAAAGUCUGGUUAGCAAAAUUUCGGGUUCGAGGGAUGCCGUGCGUCGGUUGGCAAAGGAUACAGACCCGAAGUAUCUUACCUCGUCCGCAUCAUCCGCACCUAUGGCAGCGUUGGAAAGAAGACGAUCGCAUAGUCCGCAUUUUCAAGCAAGUCCGGCUGAUGGAUCUCCUAUGAAUGGGGAAGACUAUUUUGGUGAUACUCAGCACAAACGACCCUUUUGGAAGCGCAAGACUAGCGGCAAUACGCCUGGUAGCGGUCAUACGAAAAGACAGCCGAACGGUACUACACAUCUGGCUACGCCUAGCCCGUCAACGGAUGCAUUCCCGGCCUCUGUGACAGAGGAUCGUAAACCAAGAAGUGUUAUCAGCCACCAUACAGACCGAGAUGAUGAUAUUCAUGAGAAUCUGAUGGCUAUUCUUCGUGAUCUGGACAAGACAGUAAUCGAGUUCACCAACCUGAUUGCAGAGAGCAAGGGAAGACGACAACCGCAGAUUUCGACAAUCAGUUCGCGGGUUAGCAUAGACUCUGAAGCAUCACAAGAGUUCUUUGACGCUGAAGCAGGCCCAUCAUCCCCUCUCCUCACGAUUCAGCAUGAUAGCGAUGUGGAAGCGGAAAAUGAAGACGCAGAAGAGGACGUCGAUGACGAUGCGCUUUCAUCUUGUAGUGAAGGCGAUACUCGAAGUGCCUAUAUGCGGAAGGGCAUUCGAAAGGAAAGCUCAGCAAUACUAUUCCCGGCCAAACCAAAAUCAUUGAUUCCUUUGCCACUAGAUGGCGUACAAAGACGAAAAAUCAUUCCCGCUCCAACAGUGCCGCCGCCAAGUCUGAUAGGAUUCUUGCGCAAGAAUGUCGGAAAAGAUCUGUCCGCAGUCUCGAUGCCAGUGACAGCCAACGAGCCAUUAUCCUUGCUGCAGCGAGCUGCUGAAUGCAUGGAAUACUCGCCUCUGCUUGACAAAGCAGCCAGCGCCAUUGACGGUCUCGAAAGACUUGUCUAUGUAACAGCCUUUGCACUCUCCAACCUCUCUACCAACCGCGUCAAAGACCGCGCAAUCCGCAAACCAUUCAAUCCUCUUCUCGGCGAGACAUUUGAACUGGUCCGCGAAGACCGCGGCUUCCGCAUGAUAGUCGAAAAGGUCUCCCAUCGACCUGUGCAAUUAGCCUAUCAAGCCGACAGCCGCGACUGGAGUUUGACCCAAUCACCAAAACCUACGCAAAAGUUCUGGGGCAAAUCCGCCGAAAUCAACACAGACGGUAAAACGCGCUUGAGUCUCCAUUCUAGCGGCGAUCAUUUCAGCUGGGGCAACGCUACCUCUUUCCUUCGCAAUAUCAUCGCCGGCGAGAAAUACGUCGAGCCAGCGGGUGAAAUGAUCGUCGUGAACGAGACCACGGGCCAAAAGACAAUCACCACUUUCAAAGCCGGCGGAAUGUUUUCGGGACGCAGCGAAGAAGUCACCGUCAAAGCAUUUGACGUCCACGGCAAUGAACUGCCACUAGGGUUGGCGGGUACAUGGACCAAUUCCCUGCAAUUAACCGAACACGGCUCAACGACAAACAAGACAAUCUGGUCUGUAGGCCCGCUUGUAGACCAAGCCCCUAAACGGUAUGGGUUCCCCGUAUUUGCAGCUACACUCAACGAAUCCACGCCCAUCGAGCAAGGCAAACUUCCGCCUACAGACUCGAGACUGAGACCCGACCAACGCGCACUAGAGAAUAAUGACGUUGAUUCUGCAGAAGACCUGAAAGCGAAACUCGAGGAGAAGCAACGCGAACGAAGGAAGGAGCUGGAGGAUGCAGGCGGCGUGUAUAGACCGAGAUGGUUCUCGAGGGUUGAUACGUCGGAUGUCUCGUCGACGAUUGAUGGUAGCACUGGUGGUGAGGAAGUGGUCUGGAAACUCAAACCCGGUAAAGAUGGGUAUUGGGAAGAGAGGGCGAGGGGAGAAUGGAAUGGGGUUGUGCCUAUAUUUAAGCUGUAG